AUGUCACCCUUUUGUCCUUUCUGUGAAACUGUCGGACAUUGGCCUCAACAGUGCAAUGUUGUAACGGACAUAGACGUGCUCAUACAGAAAUUGAAGACUAGUAAUAGAUGUUUUUUGUGCACUAACCGAGGACAUACCACAAAAAAUUGCCCCCGUAGAGAUAAAUUUAGCUGUUCCAAAUGCAGGAGAAAACACCAUACAUCAAUAUGCAAACCUCUAACCAAUGAGCAGCCUGUGGCUACAUCUACAAACAAAAUUGAGAUAUCGUCUUCCAGUUUCGCUCAUUUGCAAACUGCACGAGUUUUCAUAACUGGGCCUAAUGGCAUUACAAAACUGGCACGUUGUUUUUUGGAUGGUGGAAGUCAAUCUAGUUUCGUUUCUUCUAAACUUGUGGAUACUUUAAAACUUCCAGUAAUUUCAGCCAGCCAUUUGGACAUUCAAGCCUUUGAAUCCCCAGCUAAUGUUGGCCAUAUGCGAAGGCAAGUCAAAUUUCAGUUAUCAAGUAUCUGGGACGAAUCUAAAGUUAAUGUUACUGCAUUUGAAAGCUCCAACAAAUAUGCAUCACACCUACCUUCAUCAACGGAUGUUUCACUCCUUGCUAAAAACAAGCGAAUGAAACUUGCUGAUCCAGAUGAUUCAUUGUCGAAUUUGUCAAUUGAGAUUUUAAUCGGUGCAGAUUUCUACUGGAUUGUUAUGAAUUCUGAAGCUCCAGUCAGGUUGUCGGAGUCCCUGGCAUUGGUCCCAUCAAGUUUUGGUUGGGUACUUAGUGGAACUCGAUCACACGCGACAGUUUCCUUCAUUUCAACGGUUCAUAAUGUUGAUGUGUAUACUUCAACUCAGGAAUUAGACAAUGUGGUACGAAAUUUCUGGAACUUAGAGAGCAUUGGCAUACAACCAACACAAGAAAAAAUAAGUCCUCACAACUCAGAACUCUUGACGAACUUUCAUCAAUCUUUUGAAAUCAUCGAUGGUAGAAGAGUUGUAAAAUUGCCUUGGAAACCAGAAGUUCAACUUUCGUCGAACAAUUAUGGGGUCGCAAUUCAGCGUUUUAAAUCUUUAACAAGGAAACUGCGUGCAAAUUCAGAAUUCAAAGUAAAAUAUAUUGAGCACAUGCAAGAUUACAUUGAUAAAAAACACGUUGAAGUUGUCUCAAAAACACAUAAUGAGGAACGCUUAUUUUACUUGCCCCAUCACGCUGUAAAGAAAAUCACAAAUGGAGAAACUAAGUGGCGUAUAGUUUUUGAUGCAUCUUCGCAUUCUCCAGGUCACCCAUCUUUGAACGACGCUCUUGAAGUAGGACCAAAUCUUCUUCCUGAUAUCUUAGCCACAUUGUUGAGAUUUCGACUUUCUAAAAUAGCAAUCACUAGUGAUGGGCGACAAGCAUUUCUGCAGCUGAUUCUAGCAGAAGAAGACAGAGAUGCAACACGAUUUAUUUGGUACAAUACUACAUAUACUCCUGAUGGGAAACUCUGCACUGAAGAUAACAUUGUAACUUACCGAUUCGCACGUCUUCCAUUUGGACUCGUCUCUAGUCCAUUUUUAUUAGCAGCUUCUCUUCGUGAAUUGGCUACAAAACACAAACAAGCAUAUCCUACAGCAACUAGACACGUUGAGAAUAACAUCUAUGUGGAUGAUUUUGUAACGAGAACAUCUACGGAUACUGGAGCUCUGAUUCUUUACCAAGAACUGCAGCAACUUACAUCACUUAUUAGCCUACCAUUAGACAAAUGGACUACAAAUUCUAAGAUUUUGAAAGAUAUGUGGAAACAAGAAAACGUCUCGUUUAAGGAUAUUACGCAGGUCUUGGGUGUUAAAUGGGAUACUAACAGUGAUGUUUUUCAAAUUGAUGUGCUGACAAAAAUUGUUCAAGCAUGCAAAGAACCAGUAACAAAACGCUUACUACUGAAGCUGAUGUCAAAGUUUUACGAUCCUCUAGGCCUGUUUGCUCUAGUUAUAGUUGUUGUGAAGAUAUUGUUUCAAGAUACAUGGUUUAGUGGUAUUCAGUGGGAUGAACUAUUACCUCCAUCUGUAGCACAGCAGUGGCACAAGUGGAUAAAUGAAUUACACUAUCUGAAUGAAAUAUGCAUCUCAAGAUGGAUUGGCUUUUCGGAAAAUUCCGACGCUACCAUACAUGUGUUUUGCGACGCUUCGGAACGUGCAUAUGGUGCUUGCUUAUACGCUCGUCACGCAGAUGAUAUUUCUACAGAGAUCCAUCUCAUUUGCAGUCGAAAUAAACUAGCCCCAAUCAAAAGGGUCACCCUUCCGAGACUUGAAUUGUUAGCUGCACUACUAGGAGCUCGCCUACUCCGAUACUUUUGCAGGGAAACGAACAUGAAUUCCCACACUGCCAUACUAUGGAGCGAUUCUACUGUAGCUUUAAGUUGGAUAAAGGGAAAUCCUAACCAGUGGAAAACAUUUGUCUGCAACAGAACAACAGAAAUCCUUCAAAACACUACUUCAGCACAAUGGCGCCACUGUCCCGGUACAGAUAACCCUGCGGAUCAUCUUACUCGUGGUACCUUUCCAUCACAGUUAUCGAUUUUAGAAUCUUGGUGGCACGGCCCUAAAUGGCUAAAACAUGAUCCAGAAACUUGGCCUAUCAAAGUUUUGUCUACACGUACACACUCUUUAGUUGAAGCUGAAUCACGAAAAACCAAAUUUCAAUCCUCCUACGUUGCAACUGCAGAAACCAUCAUAGAAAUAUCUCGAUAUAGUUCUUACACGAAACUUCUUCAUGUGACUGCCUGGAUUCUACGUUUUGUAUACAACUGUAAGAGUCAGCAACACAUAACUCAUGAACUGAAUUGUAAUGAAAUAGAGAAAGCUAAAAACUAUUGGAUACAAACUGUACAGAAUCAAUGUUUCUCAGCUGAAAUAAAUACCUUAAAAGCUGAACGUCCCCUGCCGAAAAAAUCCAAAAUUUCCUGUUUCAAUCCCUUUCUCGAAGAUAAUUAUUUGCGCCUUGGAGGAAGGCUACAAUUUUCAAACAUUUCAUCUGAUACUCGACACCCUUUAUUGCUCGAUGGUAAACACUAUUUUGUCCACCUAUUGAUCCAGCAUACCCACAUACGACUUCACCAUUUAGGUGUGCGUAUAAUCCUGUCCGAGUUACGUUCAACCUUCUGGAUUUUAAGAGGACGUCAAGCUAUAAAGCAAGUUAUUCACAAAUGCUUGCCUUGCAAGCUGUCCAAAGCAAAAUACGGAAAACAAAUCGAAGCUUCUUUACCUCCUGAAAGAGUAUUGUACCUUCUGCUCCAUUUACUACCACAGGAAUUGAUUUUGCUAGACCUGUGA